UUCUUUUUAUGUGCAGAUACAGUCGACUAAUUCUUUUUGGAAAUAAAAUUAGUUCAUCGGAGAAGCGAGGGAGCGAAGCAGGGAUUGCAGACCGCAAUCAUCUGGGCCACCUCGCCGUCACAUUUUCCGCCAUGUCCGCCACCACAACUAGCGGCAUCGACGCAGCCGGAGAAGACGCUACCAUCCCUUCCCCUGUCUCUAACCGAGGCGAUAUCAGCCAGUCCCCUGCUCCCGGCCUCACUGAAGCCGUCCCCUUCUCAUCCGGAAACCCUAGAAUCGAUGAAACGCGGGGAAUCAUGCAUCUCUUUCACGAAGACCCGUCCUCUUCUCACAGUCUUCCGGUGGAUAGAAAGCCUCUUGUGUGCGUGUUGGCCGUUCCCAACCACAUGACGUAUGCCGAUUUCUGCAGGUUCUGCGGCUCCUUCGUGCAGCAAAUGGUUGAGAUGCGAAUUGUGAGGAACGCCGGGGUGGAAGAUCAUUAUAACGUACUUAUAAGGUUCAAUGACCAAACUUCUACAGACAGUUUCUUCAAACAUUUCAGGGGAAAGAGGUACUCUUCGCUGGAGGUUGAUGCUUGCCGGGUGUUAUAUGCAUUGCAUGUACAAUAUACAGAUUCACUAGAACACACACAGGGCUCACUUGCGAGCUCAUCGGAGCAAGUGAAUUGCCCAGUAUGCCUUGAGAGAUUAGAUCAAGAAGAUGGUGCCAUUCUGACAACAAUUUGCAAUCACUCGUUUCAUUGUUCUUGUAUAUCAAAAUGGACCGACUCUUCUUGUCCGGUUUGUAGGUAUUGUCAACAACAACCAGAAAAAUCAACAUGUUCUGUUUGUGGAACUUCUGAAAACCUGUGGAUAUGUGUCAUCUGUGGUUCUGUUGGCUGUGGAAGAUACGAGGAUGGACAUGCAAUCCGACAUUGGAAAGAGACACAACAUUGCUUCUCGCUUGAACUGGAAACUCAAAGAGUAUGGGAUUAUGUUGGGGACAAUUAUGUCCACCGCCUAAUUCAGUCAAAAACUGAUGGAAAGCUGGUUGAGCUGAACCUUCAUGGUGCACAUGCUGAUGACAACUGUGGAAGUUGUAAUUGUGGGGAUUCAGGAAUUGAUGAGGCCCUUUUCAACAGUAAAUUUGAAACUAUUGUGAUGGAAUACAAUGAUCUUCUGGCAUCACAGCUUGAAAAUCAAAGGAAAUAUUUUGAAUCACUGCUUCAAGAAGCAAAGGAAGAAAAUGAGAGAGAAAUUUCUAAAGCAAUUCAGAAGGCAGUAAAUUUUAGGCUGCAAAAGCUUUACACCAAGUUAAAUAAGGCCAUCGAAGGAAAAAAAUUUCUCGAGGAUAUUAAUGAGAAUCUUUUGAAAAAUCAAGAAACAUGGAAGGCAAAAAUUCAGCAUAUUGAGGAAAGGGAGAAAGCAGGUGUUAGACUGAAGGACGAGAAGAUACGAAAUUUGGAGGAACAGCUUCAACAUUUAAUAAGUUCCAUUGAAGCUCAAAAUGCAGCGGAUGAUCAUCUCCCUCCCUCUGCCUCAAAUGAUGUCACAGAUGCAAAACUAACUCUACCCUCUUCAAAAGAAAUGAGUACCUGUUCUGCGAAUGGUCGCCGUAGGAGAAACUAAGCCAUAAUGCUUUGUCACAAACCAGCAUCCUGCCACUUUCGGUGCUCUGUUAGCUGAUGAACUUGGAAAUCUCCUUAACAGUCGACUCCAAUCCAGAUUUCAAUGCUCCAGCAACAGGACUUGGUUUAUGGAAGCCAGUUUCUUAGUUGACGAUACGCAUGUUUCAUUUGUUGCCAAUAUAUUAAUAGGGGUUGGAAGCUGAAAUCAAUGUUGUGACACAAGGAUGGAAAUUAAGUUUAUUAUUUUGAUGUGUAUGUAAGGUUUUCCUGUCCUCCUAG